CCGUCACCGGAGCUGCACGCCGCGCCCUCAGCCUACCAGGAACUGCAACGUGUGCUGCAGCGGGCUGGCGCCCGUGACCGCGGGCCGGCGCCAUGCCGGUCAUGUACAGCUUCUGCUUCUGGUUCUCCGUCCGGCUGGGCUCCAUCAUCGUAGGCGCCGUGUCGCUGGUGCAGGCGCUGGUGGUGCUUGGGCUGGUUGGUGACGGCUACAACCACCCGCAGCGCGUCAGGGACCGCUUCUCCCACUGGCUGGACGCCUACAAACUGAGGUCACUCAAGAGCGCGGUUGCUGCCAUCCGAGACGAGCCUGAAUCGUUUUUGCUUAGUCUCAUCAUUCUGUACACAGCGUACGCCCUAUCGUGUCUGGGCCUAAUUUACGGCGCAUACAAGUGUAACCUGAAACUGAUGUACCCGUUCGUGGCGCUGGAUUUGGGACGGUUGGUGUCCAUGUCCGUGGUCUUCGUGAUGGCGAUGACGGUGCUCAAGGCGAACGUCUACAACUUGGGCAUCCUCAUUGGUUGCAGUGUCGCGGGCGGCUUCAUCCUAUUGUACCUCUUCUACCUGUGGUUCUGCACAGUCAGCAUGUGCCAGGUGGUGCGUGACCUGGAGCAUGCACGUGCUGAAGAGUCUACUCUACAACUGCAGAAGCAGCCGCUCUCUGGGCCGUACAGCAAGUAUGCAUCUACUGGUAUUGGCAUGUAUGGGGACAGCUAUGGUGCUUUUGCCAGACCUGUCUACUAAAACCACUGCUUCCCCAUUUUCCAGAAGCCAACACAAGACGUAUAUUGAGAAAUAGUCCUUUCAUAAUGUUGCCAAUUUUAAUGCUGAGCUUCAAUUCAGAUGAAGAUGGUCAGUUUGGUAAAUUAAGAAAGAUGUUUCUAAGUGUACAAAAUAGUUUUAUAAAUGUAAUUACUUCGUUUUAGUUUUGUAGCAGCAGAUGUACAAUGAAGAGUAUAUAAUAAAUUUCCACGAAAGAUAAACUAAAUUAAGUGUGAUAGUUUGAUCUACAAGUACAUUCUGUCCUUGUACAACAAAAUGUAUCGAAGUUUACCACUGUUGUAGCCUUAGAUGAGAUUUUAGAACAUUUUUUCCCAAACAUAUAGAUACAGAACUUUAUGGUUAUACGUAAAUCCUGAACAGAAAUUUCGGUUUCUAUUGAUGUGAACACUUGGUGGGGCAUUAAUAUUAAAGUUGUAUCAUAUCUGACUCUCUAUUGGAUUUUAAAUUUGGAAAGAAGCUAGAGAUCUUCUUCAGAAAAUAGCUACAUAAUUUGUGUUCACUAAAAGUAUCUGUAAUAACACUUACACCUGUUUUCAUACUGAUAAUGUGUUUAUGGAUCUUAAAAUGCAGCAAUCAGUAUUUAGUUCAUCAUUCACACACUCAUCAUACUUCAUACAUUUAAUCUCAGUAUGUAGCCAUACUCUGAAAUAUUUUGUUUCUAGACUCCUUCCUGCUGGUCGAUUGAUAUAAAACAAUGUGGUUUUAGAACUUUUUAUGAAAAUAUUGUAUGUUUAUUCAGAUACGCUUGUGUUUGUUAUUAACUUUUAUGUUCAGAUUUUUAAGUCCUCCAUGACAGAUUACAGGCUAUUGUGUAGCCGUUCUUGUCUCCCAGUUAUGUAGAAUUCAUUAACAAAUCAUGACUACACUUUACAAUAUUGAGGCUAUCCUUACUUAGUCAUAGUUCAUUAAGGCACAGGAGGUAAUGAAUAUGACUCAUGAGGCACUGGUAGAAGUGAAACUAUCAGGACAUCAUGUGGGUAAUGCAAUGUCAGCUCAGGGAGUAGUGCAAAAGGCAAAAGAUCCUGAGUUUGUCUCAGUCCACCUCACAGUUUUGAUCUGCCAGGACGGUUCACAUUAGCACACAGUCUGCUGCAGAGGAAAAAGCUCAUUCUGGAAUCUGACCCAUUACCAGAUCAUGAUUGCUUACAACAUUUGACAGUACUUCCUUGAUAGGAUUUUGCUGGUUCCUUUGCAUGUAUGAUGUGUGAACCUCAUUCACAUAACUUUUUUCUGCUUUGAAGAAAUGAAUUAGUACGGCUGUAUGAAAAGCUUCUUACACCAUAAUGUUAUAAUACUGUAGUGAGAAACUGUGUGAUCAUUAUUUUUAAAAAAGUAUCUAAUGAAGCUAAGUGUAUUUGCAUUAGCUGUUCAGUAUCAAUGGCAUGAAAUAAUGUUAUUAUCUAUACAUUUUUAUAAGUAUGUUCAUUCCUUAAUUGUAAACCCAAGCUGUGAUUUAGAUAAUAUACUGAUCUUACCAACGUUUUACUAAUAUUGUUCUGAAAAAGUUGAAUAUAACAUUGGGAAUCUAAUUUUAUUCAUAUUACCUAUUGAGAAUUUUUGUGACACAAUAAAAAUACUUAUUUAUAAGGCAAAACUAUUUGUGACUGUUAUAAUGUUGUCAUAUUUUGGGGAUAUUUCUUCAAAAUUAAUAUAGAGGUUCCAUCAUCAAUUAAUGACUGUUAAUAUCUCAUUUCUUGUAGUAACAAUCUUACCACAAACUGAUCUGGUCCAUGUUCCCAUUUCAUGUUUAAUCGACAGAGGAUUUUGUAUGAUUAGUUUUAGGCACCCAUUAGCAAUGUUAGCAAGUUGUAGUUGCUGAUUGACAGCUUCCAUUCUUCAUGAACUUGAUUGCCAGUCAUUUUUUGAUUGAGUUGGUGGGAUCUCCAUGAGAACAUUAGACUACAACAUUUUGCUUUAGAUCCAAAAUAAAUUUACUUCCAAUAACAAUAUUCAGUUUCAUUCACAGAGAUGGGUUUUAGCUGUUUUUAACACUUCAAAUAAGUU